AUGGCCUUCGAAACCCUGUUAACAAGUCUGCAGAAUUGUGCCAUCUCCGAAAGCCAAACACCUGGAAAUGUCAGCCAAACUCUCAAGCUGUUCUAUGAAAAACUGUCCGAAUCGUCCAGGAACAACGUGAAGAGAUGUAAGGAACGCUGUUUGGAGGAAGCUGCUCAGCUCCUUAGACAGCUGUCAGAGGCCCAGCUUCGUGCUUUUGAUGACAAUCAUCUCCUGCUCCUGGUCAAACUCCUCAUAUCCCUACAGCUGCAGAUGGUCAGCAUCUCCACAGCCUGUCGUAAAGUGGACCAGAUCCUGUCUUUGGAGGAUUUGCAGAAAGCAUGCAUGUUGUUGGAAGACAGCGCUGUUGGUCGUGAGGUGUGGCGAGAAUCCUGUGCGUCCAUGCUGAAUAAAGUCUCUGUGGCCUUCCCCGUUGUACUGGAACACGAAUCCACGAGGGACGGACACAUGUGUUAUGUUACCGUCAAGGUGCGCGGAGCAUGCAUCGUGAACUGGAACCCGAAGCAUCCGAUGUGUUUGCAAAUAUUCCAGCUGUUGUCUAAGGAAGUUGCUCCUCUUGUGUGGGAGGAGGAGCACAGGAGCCCAGCGGUGCUCCAGAUCCUGCGGGCUCUCACGGACAUAAUAUUUGGACAGUGCUGCAACCGGGACACUCGUCUUUUGGCGGGCACUGCCGUGGCCAUGCUGAUCAGCACGGCGCCGGAGAGCAGAGCGGGGGGGGCCGCGGCCUGGAGUCUGCUGCAGUUUUCUCACACAGGGCCCUGGCUGCUGACUGUUGGUGCUCUGCAGGUGGAGUGCAGCCCUGUCAGAGAGGACGGGCUUGACCGGCUGGCUGUGAUCAGGGGCCUCCUCACUUGCUGUCGGCCCAACGUCCUACUCAGUCCACACCAUGCUGCCAAACAGACAUGCUUACUGAUGGAGGGUUUGUUUCCUCUGGUGUGUGCGCUGUGUGAGGAGAAGCUGGACUGUCACUACUUUGCGUUGGAGGUGUUGACGCUGUGGCUGAAGAGAGUGAAGGAGUGCCAGUCGGAGCUCUGGCAGGUGACAGAUGCCCGCCUUCUGCCUGACAACGGCAGCCUGCUGGGAAAGCUCCUUCACAUCAUCUGGACCGAUGCAGAGAGUCCAAUGGAAGGAGUGCCUGAAUAUACCAGCAGUGUUUUUGUGCUGUUGUUGAGCCUCUAUGAAAAGGACUGCGAGCACUUUGGGGACGCAGAGAAGACCCUCUAUCCUACUCUGCUUCAGCGCUUGAUGAAACUACCUUCGGAGGCCAAAUCUAAAUAUAAUCGCCUUUGUGCCCUACUGCCGUACCUGGACACUAACGAGGUGCUGGAUCAAUACGCUGAAAUACCCAGUCAUCUCCUUAAGUGCUUAUCAACCAAUCACCUGUCACCGUGUGGGUCAGAGCUCUAUAAAUGUCUGAUCCAGCAGCAGAGGCGAGAGCUGUGUGGCGGCUCACUAAACUCGGCCUCGGAGCCGGACCUGGCUGCCCGCUGGGCCUGGCGCUGGCAGCCUGUCCUUCACAGCGCUCUGACGUCUGACGUGGCUCUCCUACAGAACAACAGCGCAACACACUUACUGCCCCACACCUUUCAGGUUUUCCCCUCUGCUCUGGACCCUCUGCUGGCCCCUUUGGACCCUAGCGUGCCGGGUCACCUCUGCGCCUGGGCCUGUGUCUGGAGCUCCUAUCGAGCUGUGACCGGCCGCUCCCCCUGGGCUCACCAGGACAGCUCCACCUCUGACACGCUGCAGCUGGCUCUGGGGGCCGCCGACGACAAAACCCGCCUGGCAGCCCUCAGUCUGCUCUGCUGCAGUCCGAAAACCAAAGAUAACCCCACCGCGCAGGAAACGGCCUUAAUGAGGACGUUCAUUCCUCUGAACUUGAACUGCGAGUCCUCGCCUUUUCGCCAGCAUUUCCAGGCCGCAGUGAGGAGGUUUCUGGUCCGCAUCAGAGAUGGCUGCUUAGCUCACGUCAAAGGGCCGAAAGACAAAAAGAAAGGGGCUGCCGGCCAUGCCGAGAGCGCGCAGUCUAUGUUGGAGCAAGGAGUAGGGUUUGUCGAGUGGCUCAGCGAACUUCCAUUCAGCUAUCUGGCUCCAGGACACAGCUUUCAGAGGAAGAAGACCGCUCUGUUGCUGCUGUCUGCCGUGCUGGAGACCUGCACAGACACCUGGAGCCCCGAAAAAAGGAAAGGACAGCCUCCAGCAAACAUGGGGACUCUCAUUGGUUAUGCUAGACAAAGGGGACAGUGGAAUUUCUUCAGCAGAACCAAACAGCUGGCUCUCAUCAGCUGUUUGGAAGAUUCUACAAAUGAGGUAGGCUUCCCGGGGGAUAUCGCCACGGCGCUGACCGCCCGAGCCCAGCAGCUCCUGUGCAGCCCCCGGGUGCAGGAGGCUCAGAUGGGGGCCCUCAUGGUGAAGGUGCUCCUCCAGAAAGGGAAGAACCCUGAAGCCCCCCGCACAGUGAGGGUCCUGCUCGAGGAACUGGAGGAGCACUAUCGGACGGCCAAGGCAGACAUGCUGCUGGCGGCCAGAACCAAACCCAUACACGGGGUGAUCUGCGCCCUCCAGAGGUGCGUGCUGGAGUCCCCCCGCAGUGUGGCUGAAACGCUGGACGGCGGUUCGCUUGCUGAGCUGCUCAACCUGCUGGAGAGCAUCUCCCUGCUGCUGCUCAGCGUUCUGUACGGCCACCCCGACGCAUGCGCCGCCGAAAAGGAUGCCCCGCCCUCCUUUUGCGAUAUGGGAAAUGCCAUCAGCUCCCUGAUAUCCCACGGGUCCGGAGGCGCCCAGGCAGAUGGAGAGGAAUGUGUCCUUCUGUCUGAGGAGCACAGUCUUCUUCUCACCUGCUGCUGGGUCUCCCUGAAGGGGGCAGUAGAGGGUUGCUGUGUGGGCUUCACCAAGUUCUGCGCUACCCUGUUGAGCAGCAGUGACCCAGAGCUUAAGGAAAUUCCAGCCCAAAUGCUUAAACAAGGCUUAGAGGUGGUGCGGUGCCAUCGCUCCACGUCUGUGACCCGGCGGGCUGCCGGGCUGCCCAUGCUGAUCCUGUGUGUGGUGUCAGCAGAGGAGGCCAGCAAAUCACGGCCACUCUUAGCAAUCAGUGUGCAAACGUUACUAGACACAGCCCAAACCCCUCUGGAGGAGAACUGGGACCAAACGCUGGACCUGCCCCAGGUGUGUGCGGCUCACACUCUGCAGGCUCUGGUGCGGGGCUCAGGUCUGGGAGUCGCCGUCCUCCAGUUCGCACCCGCUGUGGCCAUCUUGUCUCUCACGCUGCUCAGUUCUCCAUGCUGGGCCAUGAGGAAUGCUGCUCUGCAGCUUUACAGUUCUCUGUGCUCGCGAAUGCUUGGCCAGCGGUCCAGUAGCGAGGAGUCUGGCCGCACCCAGCACAGCAUGUCCCCCGCCGCCUUCUUUGUCCACUAUCCUGGACUCCAGCCGUUCCUGCUCGGUGAGCUGAGGGACGCGGCACAGAACCUCCAGAGUCCAAGCAACGAGGGCAAGCUUCACCUUCAGCCAGCCCUCUACCCUGUCCUCACUCUGCUGGCCCAGCUCCAGCCCGGUGUCCAAGACUCAGCUGAGAGGACUCCAUCGGACUUCCUGCCUCCCUUACUCCAGCUGGCGGCCAGUCCCAUUUACAGUGUGAGAGUGAUGGCCUCCAAGGCUCUGGUUGCCAUGGCUCCCCCCCCGGAGUACAUGAGCAUCCUCAUCAAACUGGCCGCUCAGCUGCCGGGUCCUCAGGACCGCUGCUGCCACAACCAGCUCCACGGGCAGCUGCUACAGAUUAAAGCCGUUGUUGAAAGAACUCUGUGUGCAGACAGGGCCUCUUCUGAUGAGCUGCAGGAGGUGCUGGGCCGAGUCCACGCCUCGCUGUGGCUGCUGACCAAAGCUCAGCGCUGCCCUCUGGUCAGAGCAGUCUACCUCGGGGUGGUGGACACUCUGAGAAGACACUGCUCCCAAAGCUUCCUGUCACAGCUCAGUGAUACACUCAUGCUUGACCUGCAAAGCCCUCAGCACGGUCUCCAGAUUGGUUUGGCAUCCUUCCAACAACAAGCCGUCCACUUCCUCUGCAGAGAUAGAAAGUGUGCGGGAAAGAUCUGGGACCGCUUCCCUGCUCUGAGUCCUGAUGUGAGGCUGUGGCUGCUUGUGUGUGUGCUGGACGGGCGGGGUUUGGAGCACACCGGCCUGAAAGAAGUCAUUCAAAGUGUCUUGCAGUUAAACCUGAAGGAGGCUUUAUUGAGCCACAGUGUGGAGUACCGUACAACGUACCUCUCAGCUCUGUCGGCAGUAACAGCCAGAGGGAGCUCUCCUUUAGCUCAGCCUGCGCCGCUCUCGGCCCUCCCGGGUGAGCCUUUUCUGUCCGAGUGUCUCGAUUUGUUGCUUACGGACCUGGAGGACCAGAGAGGAGGGCCAGACUUCCUCUCUCAGGCGCUGACUGCUGCCAGUCUUCUGCUCUCUCAGUUACCAGUCUCCAGCCUCAAGACCUCCUUCCUCCAGCGCUGGUGUGGCAUUUUGGAAAUUCAGCGGGUGCCAGAUGUGUCAGAGGUUCUCAGGAUGGCCUGUAGUGAAGCUCUUUGUGUGGCUGGAGUUCCACUUAUGAGCAGCGGCCUGUCGGAAAACAUCUCUCUGCCUGCCAUUGGGAUCCGGUUGAUCAACACAGGCCUGUACCUGCUGCAGGACCAAAGUCAGCAGGUGAGGCUGAGAGCCGCCUGCUUCCCCUCUUCCCUCCUUCAUGCCAGAGGAGGAGGACAGCAGAGGGGCGUUUAUGUCAUGCAGGUGAACCGGGCUCUCCCACUGCUCCUGGACCUGCUGCUGGAGCAGUUCUGGGACUCCCCCUGCACACUGGAGGUGCUGCUGUCCCACCUGCCCCGGCCUGACCUCAGAUCUGUGCUCAGGGAAGCCUCGGGCGCACCGGGGUGCUCCAGCUUGUAUGAACAAGACGAGGCCAAUGUGUUUGCAGAGCCUUCGGUUAUGUCUGCACACGUGCUCCCCUACCUGCUGCAGAUGGCUGAAAAGUGCUCUCAAUCCCCUGCUCUGGCACAGAGCCUGAACUCAUGGGCAGAGGACAACGCUGCACAAGUGCUGGAUAACCUUGCAGUCUGCAAAAAGCUUAUUACAGCUGAGGCCUUGACUCCCUCCUGGCUGGCUCUCCUCAUGGACCCCCGUCUGCACAGCACGCUGUGCGGCCUGUUCACCAGGGCGGCCCUCCUCCUCCGGCUCCUCCAAACAUCUGCUCACGUGCCGCACAUCUGUGACGUCUCCUCCCUGCCAGCGAGUCUGCGGGAAGUUUGCGGACUGCUCAGUCAGAACGGUGUCCACUUUCCCGCAGCUUUAAUAGCUGCUGCGGUUGGAGAACGGCCACUGUGAGGAACCCUCCUGGCACGCUAAGGACCGAAGGAGACCUUUUGACCCACGUAGCUCGGUAUAACAUUACCUGUUGAUAUUUAUAAUAUGCACAUGACAUAACAUGUGUUGCUGCAUUACACCAGCCCAUGGGAAGCCAGUGGAGUUAAGGAAGAGUUCAGUGGCUGUGCAGAGAGGGGAUACUGUGUGAGUGAAUAGUGGAGCUCUAAAGCUUUCUUCAUUUGUAGAAAGAAACUCUUUUGUGCUGAGCUGCAGGCGCCACAUUAGCCCCUCUUUGCUCGCCACCGUCAUAGUCUGUCGUUCUAGGCUUUUCUCAGCAGCUACUGAAGUGAGACUCAGGCCAACACAGUGUUGCACUACCACUCCUCUCCAAGAACCGCCCGCCUCCGACCCAGCGGGGGGGAAUACGGGGCACGGUUUGAUGUUCCAUUAGAGGCCCUCUGUCGGAACGAGCGUCCAUUUGUCAACCGCAUGUGGACAAGUGAUGAUAAAGUGCUUGGCAGUUGCCUCACAAACCGCACACUCAAAGAGUCUUACAUCAUCGGACCCAACACCGGUGCUGUCGAAUGGCCCAUUUGCCUGGACAAACACUGGUCUGAAACACAUGCUGUGAUUGGCCGUGUUCGGCUCCCCGUAUGGCAUGAUGAGGGAUGAUUCAGCUCUUAGCCUGGAUUAGACCAGUGUUCAUUUUUUCCCCAGUUUUUCCUAAGCUCUACGUCGACCUGCACUGCGCAAGCAUGUGUUGCACUGUCGAGUAUUUGGAUUAUACAACACCUUUGACAGUAAGCUUGUUGGGAUGAUUCAUCCACAGAUCUUAUGCAACGCGUGGCCCACACUGUGCAGACCUCAGUGGG